AUGGCGAAGAAAACUACUCUUAAGGAGUUCGAGUCUGUCUUCCCGAAGCUCGAGGAAGACCUUCUAGCUUGGGUAAAGCAGUAUAAUCUACCCCAACAACAGCAAGAAUGGUACAAGAAGAUGUUGGAAGUCAACACGGUUGGCGGAAAAUGUAACCGUGGAAUGUCAGUUCCUGACUCAGUGUCUAUUCUUCUCGGCAGGGAACUGUCUGAGCAAGAAUAUUUUCAAUCUGCUACUCUGGGUUGGAUGAUCGAGCUCCUCCAAGCUUUCUUCCUGGUAUCCGACGACAUCAUGGACGGUAGCAUCACUCGGCGAGGCAAGCCUUGUUGGUACCUUCACGAGGGCGUUGGCAACAUCGCAAUCAACGAUGCUUUCAUGCUUGAGGCAGCAAUUUACACGCUGCUCAAGAAGCACUUCAAGACUCACCCUGCCUAUGUCGACAUGAUUGAACUGUUCCACGAGACUUCGCUCCAGACCGAACUUGGUCAGCUGUGUGAUCUUCUAACGGCCCCAGAAGACGUAGUAAAUCUAGACAACUUUAGCUUGGAGAAGUACACGUUUAUUGUCAUCUUCAAGACCGCCUACUACAGUUUCUACCUUCCAGUAGCUCUGGCGUUACACCAGCUCAACAUCGCGACCCCUAAGAAUUUGAAGCAAGCCCACGACAUCCUUAUCCCCAUGGGCGAGUACUUCCAGGUCCAGGAUGACUACCUAGACAACUUCGGUCUUCCAGAACACAUCGGCAAGAUCGGUACCGACAUUCAGGACAACAAGUGCUCGUGGCUGGUCAACCAAGCACUGAAGAUAGCUACCCCUGAGCAGCGCAAGGUGCUCGAAGACCACUACGGAAAGAAGGACAAGGCUCAUGAAGCCGAGGUCAAGAAGCUUUACAACGAGCUCAAGCUCGAGCAACUUUAUCAGGAGUACGAGGAGAAGCGCGUUGGCGAGAUCAGAAAAAUGGUCGACCAGAUAGAUGAGAGCGAAGGCUUGAAGAAGGGCAUCUUCGAAGCGUUCCUUCAGAAGAUCUACAAGAGAAGCAAGUAA